UGCUUGCUUUAGCCAGAGAAAAGCAAAUUAAACAAGAAACUCACCAACUGCAACUACUAUCUCUCUAGAAUCCCCUCUCUCUCUCUCUCUCUCUCGCUUAAAAAAAUUCCAAAUUCCCACGACACCUCGUCCCUAUUUCCUCGGCCGUUCGUGGCUUGUCGUGUUUGUUUUUUCAUCAACAGUAAUUGAAUGCUUUCUUCACAAUCUGUAAUAAACUUUAAUUUCCUGGAAGAAACUUGCCUAAUACCGGGCUUAACGGGGAGUGUGUUUGCAGUAAUGGGUUGUCCUUAAUAUAAUCUGUUCAAUUUGGGGUAAAGCUGGUAUCUUUCUUGGGUUUGAGGAAAAACAUCAUGGAUCUGGAAAAUGGGAUGAACCAGAACCGGUUUAAGAAAGAAUCUUGGAGAACAGUUUUGACCUUGGCUUACCAGAGCCUAGGGGUUGUAUAUGGGGAUUUGAGUAUAUCUCCAUUGUAUGUAUACAAGAGCACUUUUGCUGAAGAUAUUAAACACUCAGAGACAAAUGAAGAGAUUUAUGGGGUUUUAUCUUUUGUAUUUUGGACACUCACUUUAGUCCCCCUUCUCAAGUAUGUGUUCAUUGUGCUCAGAGCUGAUGAUAAUGGGGAAGGGGGCACAUUUGCUUUGUAUUCUCUCAUUUGUAGACACGCCCGGGUUAACUCACUGCCCAAUUGCCAGUUAGCAGAUGAGGAAUUGUCAAGUUAUAAGAAGCAUGUCACUGCUCCUGCUGCAUCCGCUCUUGGGUCAAGUGUGAAGUCUACUCUUGAGAGGCAUAGAGUGUUGCAGAAAUGUUUGCUUGUACUGGCUUUGAUUGGGGCUUGUAUGGUUAUUGGUGACGGAGUCCUCACACCGGCAAUUUCCGUUUUUUCUGCUGUUUCUGGAUUGGAGCUUGCUAUGUCUAAAGAGCAUCAUAAAGGUGUAGAAGUUCCAGUUGCAUGUAUCAUACUGAUAGCCUUGUUUGCCCUUCAACAUUAUGGCACCCACAGGGUCGGGUUCUUGUUCGCACCUGUGGUCGUAACAUGGCUGUUGUGCAUCAGCGCUAUUGGUGUAUAUAACAUCUUUCGCUGGAACCCUCAUGUGUAUAAAGCACUCUCUCCAUAUUACAUGUACAAAUUUUUAAAGAAAACCCAAAGAGGUGGUUGGAUGUCCUUGGGUGGGAUCCUGUUGUGCAUAACAGGUUCAGAGGCUAUGUUUGCAGAUCUAGGACACUUUUCGCAAUUGUCGAUCCAGAUUGCUUUCACAUCCUUUGUCUAUCCAUCCUUGAUUCUGGCAUAUAUGGGGCAAGCUGCGUAUCUCUCUGAGCACCAUGAUAUUGACAACGGUUAUAGGAUUGGGUUUUAUGUUUCUGUGCCUGAUAACUUAAGGUGGCCAGUUCUGGUAAUUGCCAUACUUGCGGCAGUGGUGGGGAGCCAAGCCAUCAUCACUGGAACUUUCUCAAUCAUCAAACAAUGCUCCGCUCUGGGCUGCUUCCCGAGGGUCAAAAUAGUCCAUACCUCGUCCAAAGUACAUGGGCAGAUUUACAUACCCGAGAUCAACUGGAUCUUAAUGAUGUUGUGCUUGGCUGUUACUAUAGGUUUCAGAGACACAAAGCGUCUGGGUAAUGCAUCAGGUUUAGCGGUUAUAACCGUCAUGCUGGUCACCACCUGCCUAAUGUCCCUGGUCAUUGUUUUAUGCUGGCACCAGAGUGUUUUCCUGGCUCUUGGCUUUGUCUUCUUUUUUGGAACAAUCGAAGCUCUCUACUUCUCCGCUUCUCUUAUCAAGUUUCUCGAAGGAGCGUGGGUCCCCAUCGCACUUUCUUUCAUAUUCAUGUUAAUCAUGUACGUAUGGCACUAUGGCACGUUGAAGAAAUAUGAGUUUGAUAUGCAAAACAAGGUCUCCGUUGAUUGGCUCCUCGGUCUGGGCCCGAGUCUGGGCAUUGUUAGGGUCCGUGGCAUUGGCCUCAUACACACAGAGCUAGUUUCUGGGAUCCCCGCCAUUUUCUCCCACUUUGUCACCAACCUUCCAGCAUUCCACCAAAUCUUGAUUUUCCUUUGCAUCAAGUCGGUCCCGAUCCCACACGUGAAACACGAAGAAAGAUUUCUUGUGGGCCGUGUUGGGCCCAGAGAGUAUCGGCUCUACCGGUGCAUUGUCAGAUACGGUUACCGUGACGUUCAGAAGGACGACUUAGAAUUCGAGAAAGAUCUCAUGUGUAUUCUAGCUGAGUUCAUCCGAACCGGAAAAGUUGGGGCCCACAACCCAGGUGAAGAUUCCGAGAAGGAAGAUGAGAGAAUGGCAGUUAUCGGAACGCCUUCGACCCACUCAGAAGGUAUUCGAAUGCACGAGGACGAGGGCAAUAAUCCACCGCAUGCUAGCACGUCGCAGCUCACGGAUUACGAGUCUCCAGUAACGCAACCGAGGAAAAGGGUCCGUUUCGUUAUACCGGAGAGCCCAGAGAUUGACAAGGGGGCUCGCGAGGAGUUGCAAGAGCUGAUGGAGGCACGGGAUGCCGGAGUGGCGUAUAUUUUGGGACACUCGUAUGUAAGGGCAAAGCAAGGGUCAAGUCUAGUGAAGAAGCUUGUCAUCAACUAUGGGUAUGAUUUGUUGAGAAGGAACUCUAGGGCACCUACCUAUGCACUGAGUGUACCUCAUGCUUCUACCUUAGAAGUUGGAAUGGCAUACCAGAUAUAAUUUUGAAGAAAA